AUGGUACCUGCCAGACUUUUCUCAGCAAGGUGGCUGACGGCAUUGCAGGGUGUGGGGCGUUGGGCUCCAGCCCCCAGGGCCACCCUCCAGCCCAGCCAGCUCCUCCUGCUGGAACCUGCUCCCAGGCUCCUCUCGGUCAGCUGUGCCAACUGUGCCAAGCGCCAAGGGUCCCCUCAAAAGAAGCAGCUUUCUGAAAAAAAGCUGAAAAGGUACUUCGUGGAUCACCGGAGAGUGCUCGUCCGCGGGGGAGACGGGGGCAACGGCGUCAGCUGCUUCCACAGUGAGCCUCGGAAGGAGUUUGGAGGCCCUGAUGGUGGCGAUGGAGGCAGUGGUGGCCACGUCAUCCUGAGAGUUGACAGGCAAGUCAAGUCUCUGGCCUCGGUCCUGUCUCGAUACCAGGGUUUCCACGGUGACGAUGGUGGCAGGAAGAACUGCUUUGGAAGGAACGGUGAUCCCCUGUACAUCCAGGUCCCUGUGGGCACUCUGGUCAAGGAGGGAGAGGACACCGUGGCGGACCUCUCUCGCCCAGGCGAAGAGUACAUCGCUGCGCUUGGGGGCGCAGGGGGGAAGGGCAACCGCUUCUUCCUGGCCAAUGACAACCGCGCACCUGUGACCUGCACCCCCGGGCAGCCCGGCCAGGAGCGGACCCUCCUCCUGGAGCUCAAGAUGGUGGCCCACGCUGGGAUGGUUGGCUUCCCCAACGCCGGGAAGUCCUCACUGCUCCGAGCCAUCUCCAACGCGAGACCUGCCGUGGCCGCCUACCCAUUCACCACUCUGAAGCCCCACGUUGGCGUUGUGCACUACGAAGGCCACCAGCAAGUGACAGUGGCCGACAUCCCCGGCGUCAUCACGGGUGCACACCAGAACCGCGGCCUGGGGUUCGCCUUCCUGCGUCACGUCGAGCGCUGCCGCUUCCUACUGUUUGUGCUCGACCUCUCGGGGCCUGAGCCCUGGGCACAGCUCUCAGAUCUCAAGUGUGAGCUGGAGAAGUACCAAGAAGGCCUGUCCGAGAGGCCCCACGUGGUCGUUGGGAACAAGAUUGACCUCCCCGAGGCCAGAAGCCACCUGCCCAAGCUCCUGGGCCGCCUCGGGCGGACACUCAUCCCCCUGUCGGCCACCACCGGGGAGAACCUGGAGGCACUGCUGGUGCGCCUGAAGGAGCUGCGUGAUGACCAUGUGGACUCCGAGCGGGCACUCAGCCACCGACCGCUCUGCUGGCCAGCGUCCCUUUGGUACCAGCAUACGCUGUACCACCUGCCACCCACUCCGUUCACAGCACUUCCCACCGCCGUGGCCCUCGCUGGACUCCCACAGGAACCGGACGUGGACUUCACAGCCGAGUGCCCCCAAUAUCCGGGUGGGCGCGCCGUGGUGGCUCAAGCCUCAGCCUCCGCACCACGUGAUGAACUCGUGGGACGGGGACCCUCAGCCCCGUUCACGCCUGGCUGCACCGAGCACAUGGGUCCCAAAGGAGAAGCAGGGCCUGCUGUCAGCAGAAGGGGCAGUGAGGGCCGCCCCGAGGCCCCCCAGCGAGACAUCUUAGCGCAGCUGGGUGUGCGUAUCCGCUGA